CGCACACCACCAUGUUCGACGCCAACUUCACAUUCGACACUCCGAGGUCGCCGUCACUGGACUCCACAAGCCAUACUAUCUCAACCAGGCACACCUCGCGAUCCGUUUCUCCAUGCUCGCCAACUGCUCCAUACCUACCACCUCGCUUCUCUGUCACCGACCUAGCCGCAAGCUUCGCGAGCUCAAGAUUGAGGCACGACUCACAAAUAUGCUACGACUCGUGCGAAGCAUACGCGAACAACGACGAUGAUGCCGGCUGGGAGAUUCCUCGGCACGACGUCGAUCUUGCACCCGUGUCGCGAUCGCACACAUCACCUGCAAGACCCCAUUCACCCUCUCGACGCAUGCAAAGACAGGCCAAUACACGACUGCUAUGCUCAUCAACACACGCGAAGGAUAUUGAAGCAUUAGUGUCGCGAAUGGUCGCCUGUCAGGAGCAGUGUGAAGUCAACUCGGACUCAGCAUCGCCAACAAUUGAGGUGGAUGAUGAAGGCUACGACAGCUCAGACGCCAAUCAAUCGCAUCGGUCUAGCAUUGCAGUGCAGAAGACGCGAUUAGAUUACAGAAGGUCAUCUGACUUGAAAGCUACCGGAGCUCGUGUCAACAAGACAGUUAGAUGCAAGAAGGAUCCAAAACACAGACGCAUACGGAGUGCGGACGGUAAAUCGUGAUUGAAGAUACCCAACUUUCGACCCGCCAUGGACGCGUCGAUUGGCAUGUUUUUCAGAGCAAGGCGCUGGGGAGUAGCAAUCGGAUAUUCAGAUCUCCAAUUGGGAUCUUGCUGUGCUUUAUGCUUCAUGAUGGGGAACAUGGGAAGCCUUACGUGCGCUCCACAAUUAUGACAGACACGCGAACGGCACAGUCCGCCGACGAGACGUGCAAGGAACAGAUUCAUCGACAUCAAAUAAUGCAAGCCUGGGCUACGAGCUCUUGUACAGUACUUUAUCAAUUGAUCUACAGCUUGCUCUCCUUCG